UCCUGCUUCUAGCUUCCAUUACACCACGACACGCACCACCACCAGUUAGUAAGCGGUGUCGGUUUUAAAGGCUUUUGACCACCUAACUAUAGUGUCAUGAAAAUAAGCAAAAAUAAUUUACAGUAAUAUAAUAUAUCAACUGUAUCUUCAAGGUUCAUUCAUUCGGAAAUUGACAAAAGAAGAAAAGACGAGCGAAAUCUAAGGGACGUCGACAAACCGGCAAACAAAGAGAUCCCUUCUCGACGACAACAUUUUUCCUCAAUAUUCUUUAGUUAUGAGUCAUGUGGCCGUCGAAAAUUUACACGGUCUAGAACAGCAGCUUGCUGUCCUAGGCUUGAACAAUGCUGAUGGGCAGGGUGGAGGCACUGGCAGGACCUGUUACAUUCCACCUCAUUUACGGAACCAAGAGGCUUCCAAAAAUGCAGAUGCUUUCUCUAGACAGAGCGCUUUGUCAAUGGCACCAGGAAGCUAUAUGCCUGGCGGUUGGGACGGUGGACGCAACAAUGGCUUCGUGCAGAAUGGUUACCACGACAACCGCAUGAAUGGGGGCAACAGGUACAACAGUGGCCCGCCUCGCAUGGAGAGGGGCAGGGGGGGUGGAGGUUUCCGUGGCGGAAGGGGCGGGUCCUACAACCCGGUACAGCCUAUGCAGAAUGCCGGCAUGUUUGGAGUCUACGACAACAAAGAUGGCGGCGGCUGGAACACGACUAAAGAUGCCUACACCAGCUUCGGCGCACGUCCCGACAGGGGAAAGUCUGCUUUUUUCAACAACGGCGGGAGUGCACCCCGAGGAAGUUACCAGCGUGGAGGGUUUGGAGGCAGUGGAAACAGCCGCUGGGUGGAGGAGUCCAGGGAUGACGAGGACUGGUCCAAACCCACUCAGGCCAAUGAGCGCCUGGAACAGGAGCUGUUCGCUGGUGGCAACACAGGGAUUAACUUUGACAAUUACGACGACAUUCCCGUUGAGGCCACUGGCCAAAACUGCCCCCAUCACAUUGACAGCUUCCAAGACGUGGAGAUGGGAGAGAUCAUCAUGAGUAACAUUGCCCUGACCCGCUACACUCGGCCCACUCCGGUCCAGAAGUACGCCAUUCCAAUCAUCAAGAACAAGAGGGAUCUGAUGGCCUGUGCCCAGACAGGUUCCGGUAAGACUGCUGCGUUCCUGUUGCCUGUACUGAGUCAGAUCUACACUGAAGGCCCAGGAGAAGCCCUCGCUGCCCAGAAGUCUGGAGGACAGGACAACGGAAAGUAUGGUCGCCGUAAGCAGUACCCCCUCGCUCUGGUCCUGGCCCCCACCAGAGAACUGGCCCUGCAGAUCUAUGAAGAGGCCAGAAAGUUUGCAUACCGGUCCCGUGUGCGUCCUUGUGUGGUGUACGGAGGGGCUGACAUUGGCCAGCAGAUCAGAGACCUGGAGCGAGGCUGUCACCUGCUGGUGGCUACACCUGGACGCCUGGUGGACAUGAUGGAGAGGGGCAAGAUCGGCCUCGACUACUGCAAUUAUCUGGUGCUGGAUGAGGCUGACCGGAUGUUGGACAUGGGUUUUGAGCCCCAGAUCAGACGCAUCGUGGAGCAGGACACCAUGCCCCCUAAAGGCAUCCGUCAGACCAUGAUGUUCAGCGCUACCUUCCCCAAGGAGAUCCAGAUCCUGGCGCGUGACUUCCUGGAGGAGUACAUCUUCCUGGCGGUGGGAAGAGUGGGCUCCACCUCUGAGAACAUCACCCAGAAGGUGGUGUGGGUGGAGGACGGUGACAAGAGGUCCUUCCUCCUGGACUUGCUCAAUGCUACAGUCAUUCCGAGCGAAGUUCAGGACAAUGCAGGUGAAAACAUAGAGAAACCUGGUAAGAACUCUCUGACGCUGGUGUUUGUGGAAACCAAGAAGGGAGCGGAUGCCCUGGAGGACUUCCUGUACCGUGAGGGUUACGCCUGCACCAGUAUCCAUGGCGACCGCUCCCAGAGGGACCGAGAGGAGGCUCUGCACCAGUUCCGCUCGGGACGCUGCCCCAUCCUGGUCGCCACAGCGGUGGCUGCCCGUGGCCUGGACAUCUCCAAUGUCAAGCACGUCAUCAACUUUGACCUGCCCAGCGAUAUAGAGGAGUACGUCCACCGUAUUGGCCGUACUGGACGUGUAGGCAACCUGGGUCUGGCCACGUCGUUCUUCAACGAUAAGAAUGGCAACAUCACCAAGGACCUUCUGGACAUCCUAGUGGAGGCCAAACAGGAAGUACCCUCCUGGCUGGAGAGCCUGGCCUAUGAACACCAGCACAAGAGCAACACCCGCGGACGCUCCAAGAGGUUCACCUCUGGUGGCUUCGGAGCCAGAGACUACCGUCAGACCAGUGGCGGCGGCAGCACUGGAGGGUUCGGGGGUCGUGGUGGACGCCAGCCCGGUGGACAUGGAGGAAACCGUGGAUUCGGUGGCGGCGGUGGCUUUGGAGGCAACUUCUACACCAGUGAUGGCUAUGGAGGAAACUACACUCAUCAGGGGGGAGUGGACUGGUGGGGCAACUAAACAUCCCUCCAACCCUAUCCCCAUGUACCUACACCCCCU